AUGGCCGGAAAGGCUAUUGGGAUUGAUUUGGGGACGACAUAUUCGUGCGUGGCAGUGUGGAGGCACGACCGAAUUGAGAUAAUAGUAAACGAUCAGGGCAACCGCACCACGCCGUCUUAUGUGGCUUUCACCGACACUGAGCGUCUCGUCGGCGAUGCCGCCAACUAUCAAGCAGCCAGAAAUCUCAUUAACACUGUUUUCGAUGCAAAGAGGUUGAUCGGCCGUGAAUUCAGUGACUCAACGGUUCAGAAUGACAUGAAGUACUGGCCAUUCAAGCUCAUAUGCGAUGCAACCAACAAACCUAUGAUCGUGGUAAACUACAAAGGGGAGGAGAAACAAUUUUCAGCCGAGGAGAUCUCUUCAAUGGUGCUCUCUAAGAUGAAGGAUAUCUCAGAGGCAUUUCUUGGAACAACCGUCAAGGAUGUUGUUGUAACUGUGCCUGCUUAUUUCAACGACUCUCAGCGCCAGGCGACCAAGGAUGCUGGAAUCAUUGCCGGCCUUAACGUUAUGAGGAUCAUCAAUGAACCUACUGCUGCAGCAAUUGCGUAUGGUCUGGAUAAAGGGUCCACUAGCUCUGUGGCAAAGAAUGUGCUCUUUUUUGACUUUGGUGGUGGGACGUUAGAUGUGUCUCUGGUGAGGAUUAAGGGGGGCAUCGUAGAAGUGAAGGCUAUUGCUGGCGAUACUCAUCUUGGAGGUCAGGACCUGGACAAUGGGAUGGUGAAUCAUUUCAUGAAUGAGUUCAAGCAAAAGUAUAAAAAGGAUAUAAGUAGAAGCCCAAGAGCUGUUGGGAGAUUGAGGACUCAGUGUGAAAGGGCAAAGAGGAACCUUUCAUCCAUUGUCGAAACCACGAUUGAGAUUGAAGCAUUGUUUGAGGGGAUUGAUUUCUUUACAACUAUCAGACGUGCUAAAUUUGAUGAAAUUAACAAGGGUUUAUUCAGGAAGUGUGUGGAGCAGGUGGAGAAGUGCUUGCAGGAUGCAAAGAUGGAGAAGAGCAGCAUCCAUGACGUAGUGCUGGUUGGGGGGUCGAGUAGAAUUCCCAAGGUUCAGGAGCUGUUGCAGGACUUUUUCAAUGGGAAGGAGCUGUGCAAGAGCAUUAGUCCGGAUGAAGCUGUGGCAUAUGGUGCUGCUGUACUAGCUGCCAAGUUGAGUGGUAAUGGCAAUGACAAGGUGCAGAAUUUGGUUCUUUGGGAUGUUACUCCUUUGUCCCUUGGUGUUCGUACUACUGGAGAUAUCAUGAGUAUAAUUAUUCCGAGGAAUACAACUAUCCCAACCAGGAGAAUAGAAGAAUACUUCCCAGUGGAGGACAAUCAGACCAAUGUGCUGAUUAGGGUGUACGAGGGUGAAAGAAGCAGGGCAACAGACAACAAUCUGCUAGGGCAAUUCAAUCUCAAAGGCAUUCCAGCCGCACCCAGAGGUGUUGCUAAAAUCAAAGUGUGUUUCGACAUUGAUGUGAACGGUAUCAUGACUGUGUCAGCGGAGGCAACGGGGACUGGACUGAAGAAGAACAUCACCAUCACGAACGACAAUGGCAGGCUGUCCAGGGUAGAAAUCGAGAAUAUGAUAAUGGAUGCCAAGAAGUAUAAGCAGGAGGACGAGGAGCAUAAGAAGAAUGUGGAGGCGAAGAAUGCCUUGGAGGACUACGCUUACAGCAUGAGGGACACCAUCAGAUGUGCAGUCAGGCUCAGACGAGCAGACAAGAAUAAGAUGGAAGAUGCUUUUGAGUCUUUUAUACAGUGGUUGGAGUUAAAUAAACAUGCAAAGGCUGAUGAUUUUGAAGACAAGAUGAUGGAGCUGAAGACCAUUUUCGACCCGAUUAUUGCCAAGAUGUAGGUAGCAAGAAUGAACGUGAUUGCAAAUAAUUAAGUGUUUUAGAUCGUGUAAUGAUCUUCUUGAAUUCUAAUUUUAGUGAAUAAAUACUACUCCUA